AUGUCAUUGAGACAUCCCUUCCCCAACGUCUAUAAGUUCUUCAACCAGUUUGCCGACCCGAAUCAGGCCUCACCAGAGCAGUCUUCCCGGAGUCAAGGCCUACGGAAGAGCGGGCCUCGCUCGAAGACCGGGUGUAUAACAUGCAAACAACGACGUGUGAAGUGCGAUGAGACCAAACCGGGAUGUAUAAGGUGUCAAAACCUAGGGCGAGAAUGCGGUGGCUACAAUACGCCCGCGGAGGCCGAUUCGGAAAAGAAUGUGGCACCAAUUCCCAUUCAUCCUCGACCCGUCUCCACCAUGCAGUAUACGCCGUCAGCAGCAAUCCCGGGGACUCAAGAAGAGCGUCGUUAUUUUCAGCGUUUCUGUGACAAGACGGCUGGGGAAAUCGCCGGGGAAUUCGAUCCAACAUUCUGGACCGAGAAGGUGCUCCAGCUAUGCCAUACCGACGCUCCUAUACGGUAUGCUACGAUAGCUUUAGGCGCGCUGGCAAAGUCACUGGAGGUCACAUCUUUCCCGACACGACUGUCGCUUUCGGGGUUUCCUCAGAUCGAUCACCACCAUCUGGAUGAGCAUCACAGCUAUGCAUUGCGGCAAUAUAGUAGAGCGAUUGGGGCGUUGAGGUCGGUUUUAUCGGACGGGCGACGGCAUUUGAGGACGUCUCUUACGUCCUGUGUUUUGUUCAUGACUUUUGAGGCGCUGCAAGGCAGUUAUGAUGGAUCAUUAACCCAUCUCCGUGGAGGGUCGAGGCUCCUCGCGGAUUGGAGAACGGCACGGAAGAGGAAGGGCCAAAAUAAUAGAUUAUCGCAGGAUUCUUUAUCGGAAAUUCAAGACGGAUUAGUGGAUGAUUUAGGGAGGAUGUUCGCUCGACUCGACGUUCAAGGACUUUUCAUUCCACCACCCUUUCCGAUGCCCGAGUGCGACUGGGAGGACAUUGUGAUGGAGGAAUCCUUCAGCACCGUCGAAGAAGCUAAAGAAGCAUUUGAUUUCUUGAUGCAAGGAAUUGCGCAAUUCUACUUGAAAUCUGUCGGUCACGCGCAACAACAUCCAGACAUCCUCAACUCCACGUUCUGGAUAACGCAACAUGAACACUACUCCAACCAACUCAACAUAUGGAGAGCGGGAUUCCAGGUGGUGUAUGCAGGAGAGAUCAAAAACGGCGCAGUACUGACAGAUACCACGAACAUACUCAGCAUUUAUUACAACCUUGCCACUGUUUUACUUGCGUCUAGUGUCCAGCAUUCGGAAAUGUUAUACGAUGAAUUUCAGCCGCUUUUUGCUGAGAUCAUCCAGAAGUCCCACCAACUCAUUUCAAAACCGGACGAGCCCACCAACACCGCUCGAUAUACCGUCGACAUGGGAACCGUCCUUCCUCUUGCCAUUACGGCAAUCAAAUGCCGUGACAGACGGAUACGUCGUCAAGCGAUUGCAUUGCUAUGGUCGAAAGCACGCCGGGAAGGGUUAUGCUUCGAUACCAUCACGGUCGCUCGUCUUUGUGCUUGGCUGUCGAGUAUUGAAGGAGAAGGGAUACAAGAAGAUUCGGAAACAAUCCCCGAGCCGGCAAGAUACGUGGUUACGUACCUGCAUAUAAACUCCGAAGAAAGAUGGCUGGCGGUCCAACUCACAGCUGCCGUAGCAAACGCAGAGGGCAACCUUUCUUACAGAGAGACGACAUUUUCUUGGUAG